AUGCUCGUUAUGAAUUCUACUAUGGUUGAUACUGCUAAGCCUAUAAUUAAACCGAAACCAUGUGAAGUAUGUGUAAAAGGCAUAUCCUUUGGAUACAACUAUGGUGCGCGCACAUGUCAUCCAUGCAAGACAUUCUUCUACCGAUCAUCUGUCAGUAUGGCAAAAUACAAAAAAUGCAAGAAAGUCAAAAGUUGUUACACAACUGAACCGUUUAAUUGGAAGUGCAAACUCUGCCGUUAUCAAAAAUGCGAAGCUAUGGGAAUGAGUAGGGACGCUCCACUGACAAAAGCAAUGAGGAAAGCUUCACAGAAUAGAAAAAUGGAUAAAAUAACUACAAUGCUAAAAGAUGUGAUUGUUAAGGAUUCAAAAAGAGAAAAGAAAUUGAAAACAUUUUAUUCGCUGGAUGAUGAAAAUCUGGAAAGUAUUUUGAAAAGUUCAAGAAGAUUCAGAAAAAUAAAAAAGGUUCCAGGGCAGGUCAUCACAUCCGAAGAAUGGGCAUUUCAGACUAUUUUUUCACAUAUCACUUUCUUAUUAAGUUUGGAUUUCGUUCGGAAUAUGACCAUAAAGGAUAAGAAGGUUAUACUUGUCAACAAAGCAUUGGAGUUUACUUAUUUCUGUGAACUAUGGAGAACAAAAAAGGAGGGACAGAGAAUGUUAGUCACCCCUGGAGGAACGACAAUCUAUCCCGAUGAACUGAUUUCCAUCUACCGAGAGAAUCCCAAAAUGUUGGAUUCAAUUCGUAGUGAUAUAGUGGAAACAUUAUACGAGUUGGAUAUCACCCGAGAAGAGUAUUGCUUGUUGAAUAUGAUAUUUUUCUGUAAUCCGGUUAAUCAAGAAAUAUCCGACAAUUCUAAAACUAUUCUGAACGAACGAUUCAAUUUAUAUGGAAAACAACUUUUUUUCUACUGUCAAGCAAAAUAUCCUAUCGAUGCUCCUGCGAGAUACGGAAAGUUGAUGUCAUUGUUUGGGGCUAUCAUUAAGAAGACAUCACAGUUGAAAAUGUUAUUUAUGGUUUUACAUAUGAAUAUUCCUCAGUUCCCUUUCCGGAAGUUAGUUAAGGACAUAUUUCAUUUAUAG